AUGUUGAAAAGCGGUUGGAGUGUUCGUACAGCUAAUGCACGAUCACCAACAAAUGCAAAAAAGAAUGGAAUAACAGAUUCGGAGAAGAAGCAUAUCACGGACGUCUUAGCACGAGCUGAAGAAAGACGAUUACGUGAACAGCAAAGGAUAGGUCGUAUGAUUGAUAGAUUAGAAAAGUUAAAAGCCCGAGCAACGGGUAAUGGUAUUACUCAAUGUUACCUAUGUUCCACAGAUUUCGGUUUACUUGGACCAAGAAGUUAUGCUGCUAUGUGCUUGCAAUGUCGACGGUAUGUAUGUCAAAAAAAUUGUGGAGUGGAUGGAUAUGAUUACGUACGACGUGAAAAUAUCUUUCUAUGCAAAAUAUGCAGCGAGUACCGUGAGGUAAUGUGGAAGAAAUCUGGUGCAUGGUUUUAUAAAGAAAUACCGGAAUAUAUUAAGCCAAUAGAGGAUCCGGAAUUACAUUCACCAUUACACCAUCCGAAAACUUCCUGGCAGCAUUAUACGAAACCGGAAACAUCAAAUUUAGCAUUUUUAUCUAAGAAACCACAACAAACACGAAAAGAACAAUACAGUUCAACAAUAUUUCAUCGUAGUCGAAUAAAUCCAUCAUGGUUACUACAUCGAAAAGUACGCCUAUCAUUGAGUAAUGGUUACGGGUCGGAAGAUGAAAAUGCCGAUAAUUCAGCAUCUGAAGAAACGCGAACAUUCUUGAAUGAAAAUUUUCAAAUGAUACCAUCAAAUGUCGCCUCAAAUCAUCAUAGCAGAAUUUCAAAACGAAAAGAAGGACAAGAUGUGACAUCAAUUAUUCAUAGAUUUGCAACUAGUGAUCGAAAAAGAAUUACUAAUAAUGAGAUAAAUGAAUCACAUCAUGCAACGCCAUCAACAUCACCAAGACAUUCACCAGUAUCAUCAUAUGGUGAUGACUUAUCACAGAAUCAAUCAUCAAUUCUAGCAUCAGAAUCAAUCGAUUCUGGAGUUGUACCAAGUGAUCAUUCAGUGCGAUUAUCAAAAAUUCCCGCUUCAGCUAAUCUGAUAAAUCCGAAUGGAAUGCUAAUAAUGGAUAACACUGAUAAAGAAAAUGGCAAACAUAUCAAACAUUCAAGCUGUCCUCAAGCAGUAGCAUCAAUUGACAUUCACAAAAUAUUUCCAUCAACCGAAUUGCAUACAAUUUUGGAUCAACAAUUUCCCUCACAAACAUAUGGAAAAAAAUACUUCAAUCCAACACAACAAACAAGAUCCGAUAAAUAUUGUCAACCGGAUCAAUUUUUGGCAUUUUCUUCAAGUCCGGCAAGUCCAUCCGGAACAAUGCUAAUGACAGAUUUACAAUCGAAACAGCAAAUUUUGAAUCAAGAAUUUACUGCCAGUUCUGCAUCAUCCAUUUCAUCAGCUCAAAAAUCAAUUAUGUCACUUGAAAGUCUUCCAACAAAUCUGGAACAAAUUAAAACGAAAGAAACAAUAGCUUUUGGCAAAUUUUCUUCGGAUGAUCGUAAAAUGGAUGUACAAAUGUGGCAGAACAAAACUGAAAUUCCAAUGCAACUACCAAUGAAAGGUCUGUCAACUACCAGAUCAGCAAUUUGUUUACAGUCGUCGGUUGCUACCGAACCGAUCUUAAGGAAUCAGACAGUACGUCAUGCUAUUUCCGGCAACGAUAUUAUUGAUUUACAGAAUUCUGAUUCCGGUAUGCGUGGAACAAUUCAAUUUACGCUUCGGUAUUCUGCGCAACAAAUGAAACUCUGUGUUCGACUUACCGGUGCUAAAAAUUUGCGUGCAAUGGAUAAAAAUGGUCUUUCUGAUCCUUAUGUUAAAUUGUAUUUAAUUCCUGGAGCUUCUAAAGCAACAAAAAUGGUUAGUAAAACGAUUGAAAAAACAUUAAAUCCAUUUUGGAACGAAGAAUUUACAUAUUAUGGUGUUACGGAUGAAGAUCAAUUAAAUAAAUCACUGCGAUUAUUGGUACUCGAUCGUGAUCGGAUAGGUUCUGACUUCUUAGGAGAAGUUCAUGUUCCACUGAAGAAUCUCAAAAAUGAGGAGGAAAAAUUUUACAACUUAUGCUUGGAGCAUGCAAUAUUGGCAAAAGAUGUAAAUGUUAGCAAUGAACGUGGAAAAAUUUGCUUAAGUUUAUUGUAUAACGUACAACAAGGCUCACUUCACGUCACGAUUAAACGUUGCGCUGAGCUUUUAGGCAUGGAUAAAACUGGUUUCUCUGAUCCGUACGUGAAAGUCUCAUUACUUCCUCUUACCAAUAAAGCUCAUAGACAAAAAACAUCAACAAAAAAACGAACGUUAAAUCCGGAAUACAAUGAGAAGCUAACAUUUGUGAUACCUUUCAAAGAUUUACCGAAAAAGACACUUCAAAUUGAUGUUUUUGAUAAAGACGUUGGAAUGCAUGAUGAUUACAUUGGAAGUAUCCUAUUGUCAACAUCUGCUAAAGGUGAACGUCAAAAGCAAUGGAAUAGUUGUAUUCAAAAUCCUGGCUAUGAAUUCGAACGAUGGCAUAAAUUAGAAGUCAUUGAAUGA